GAAAGCGCGAGAGAGCGCGCCAGCGGGUUUUUAAAGGAGGCACUUUUACUUCCUAAUGAAUAUUUAUCCUCCGCUCCUGCCUGCGCCCGGCUUCCCUUACCUUACAUCAGGUCAUUCCAUGGUAUUCCGCUCCCCUCUAGAGCUCUAUCCCUCCCACUUCUUCUUGCCAAACUUCGCGGAUCCUCACCACCGCUCCCUACUUCUGGCUAGUAGCAGCGGCGGCGGCGGCGGCGGCGGCGGCGGGAGCAGUGCGGGAGGAGGCGGCGGCGGCGGCGCAGGAGGAGGCGGCGCGGGAGGAGGCGGCGGCGGUGGCGGAGGAGGCGGCGGCAGCGGCGGCGGCUCCAGGGCCCCCCCGGAAGAGUUGUCCAUGUUCCAGCUGCCCACCCUCAACUUCUCUCCGGAGCAGGUGGCCAGCGUCUGCGAGACGCUGGAGGAGACUGGGGACAUCGAGCGGCUGGGACGCUUCCUCUGGUCCUUGCCCGUGGCCCCGGGGGCGUGCGAAGCCAUCAACAAGCACGAGUCCAUCCUGCGCGCCCGAGCCGUGGUCGCCUUCCACACGGGCAACUUUCGCGACCUCUACCACAUCCUGGAGAACCACAAGUUCACCAAAGAGUCGCACGGCAAGCUGCAAGCCAUGUGGCUGGAGGCGCACUACCAGGAGGCGGAGAAGCUGCGCGGCCGCCCUCUCGGCCCAGUGGACAAGUACCGAGUGAGGAAGAAGUUCCCGUUGCCCCGGACCAUCUGGGACGGCGAGCAGAAGACUCAUUGCUUCAAGGAGCGGACUCGGAGCCUGCUCAGGGAGUGGUACCUUCAGGACCCCUACCCCAACCCGAGCAAGAAACGCGAACUGGCUCAGGCCACGGGCCUCACCCCCACACAAGUAGGCAACUGGUUUAAGAACCGGCGGCAGCGCGACCGGGCGGCUGCGGCCAAGAACAGACUGCAGCAUCAGUCGAUCGGACAGAGCGGCAUGCGCUCGCUGGCUGAGCCUGGCUGUCCGACGCACGGCUCGGCAGAGUCGCCAUCCACGGCGGCCAGUCCCACAACCAGUGUGUCCAGCCUGACAGAACGAGCGGACACCGGCACCUCCAUCCUCUCGGUAACCUCCAGCGACUCGGAAUGUGAUGUAUGAUAGCGGAAAGACGGUCCUCCACCUCUCCCUCCUCUCCCUCCUCCUCUUCUUCCUUUUCCACCCCCCUCCCCCAACUCCUAUUUCUCCUACCCUAGAGCAAACCCAAAUCAGGACACACAUACACACACAUACACACAACCACACAUGCACACACAAAGCCAAAAUUUUAAAAAGCAAGAAACAUUAGAAACUAAUCAAAAACUGUCAACAAAACCCAACCACCUUCAGCCACCACCGCCACACAACGGACCCGGACGCCAACAGACAUUCACAAAUGCUGAUGUUGCGGGGGGAACAAUUAAAAGAGGUGACAAUUGUAUACUUUCUAGGACAAGCACGACUUCUCCUUUCGCUUCCCAUGGACGAGGCACCCCACCUGCAUGACGGUUUAUUUGUAUCUGGGAAAAUAUUCUCUAUAGCUUAAAACGAUUUAAAAAGAAUCGAAUACACAAUCACCACCGAGGCAACAACGGGCGACAAAGACCAAAAAUGACAAAAACAGCAACAACUACAACAAAAAAACAACCCACCAACGCCAUCUCCGUUCUGAAUUUGUACAAAAAAAAAGAAAGAAAAAAAGAGAACUCCUUGUGAAGAGGGAAAUAGCAAAUGUUUCUCGCCUUUUUUUUGUUUCUCUCUCUCUCUCUCUCUCUCUCUCUCUCUCUCUCUCUCUCUCUCUCUCUCUCUCUCUCUCUCUGUCACUUUCUCCACUUUCUCUCCCUCUUCUUCUCCCUCUCUGUUUUUAAGUCCAAGUAAUGGUCAGCCAAGAUGCAAUCUUCUGUUUUUUUGUUCAGCAGACAAUCAUUUUAUUCGUAAGCACCUUUUUUUCUACACUCCUGUCACUGCCUGUGUGGGUACUGGUUAUAAAUGUGGAAAAAGGAUAGUUAUGACUGUAAAAGAUUUUUAUUUUUAUUUCAAAAUUUUAUAUGAAUUAUGUAUAUCUUAAUGAUGCGGUCAUUUUUCCCAGUUUGUAAUAUAUGUGUAGAAAUUGCCUGUAUAUGCUAUUGCUUUUUUCUCUUCUCCCUUUUUGCCAUUCUGUGUCCUCUCUCUCCGUCUCUCUCUCUCUCUCUCUCUCUCCCACCUCCCUAACCCUUCAACACCUACCCCUUAUCUUUCUUUUUUCCUGUUUUCCCCUUCCCUCCUUCCGAACUGCCCCCACCUUUUUUUAAAUUUUCCAAGACUUGGUGUUCCUUGUGUAGACUUAGCUGUUCAGUUCUGAGCGGCUAGGUUAGAGAAAGGGACCCCAGCAUCAGCGAAACCGGAGAGUGAGACUGUAGUAUUCUUAUGCAAAAGCUAUUUUGAGUAUUUCUUAGCUGCUUUGGGGGUUUUCUCUCAGCUCCCCGUAGGGCGCUUAUACUGUUUCCUUAACUGCGUGUUUAUCUAUAUGUAAAAACUUUCUAAA